AUGGGGGGUGGGAAUUUCGUGGACGGGUUUCGUCGCUUGUUUCAACGUCGUUCAGCAACGCUUGAUCCUAGUAAUUCAGUUAUCGGUCAUAAUGACGAAGAUCAUUUGACAAGUUUACCCGAAAAAGAAGAUGGCCUUGUGAUCACUGAAGACUUUGAUUUUUCUGGACUCAAGCCUAUCAAAGUCCCUAAUAGAUUUAACUUUCCCGUUUCCACUUCAUCUGCUUCCAUGGAUCCGCACAAAAAGAGUUCACUAGAAAAGGAAUUUUUCACAGAGUAUGGGGAGGCAAAUAGAUAUGAGAUUCAAGAAGUUGUAGGCAAGGGGAGUUACGGUGUUGUGGGGUCUGCAAUUGAUACUCAUAUUGGAGAAAGAGUCGCAAUCAAGAAGAUUAAUGAUGUCUUUGAGCAUGUCUCUGAUGCCACACGAAUUCUUAGAGAAAUCAAACUCCUUCGGCUUCUUCAUCACCCCGAUAUUGUGCAAAUAAAGCACAUUAUGCUUCCACCUUCUCGAAGAGAAUUCAGAGAUAUCUAUGUCAUUUUUGAAUUAAUGGAAUCUGACUUUCAUCAAGUAAUUAAGGCUAAUGAUGAUCUAUCACCUGAGCAUUAUCAAUUUUUCCUCUACCAGCUUCUGCGAGGAUUAAAAUAUAUUCACGCAGCUAAUGUGUUUCACCGGGAUUUGAAGCCCAAAAACAUACUUGCUAAUGCCGACUCAAUUUUUUGGACUGACUAUGUUGCAACUCGAUGGUAUCGUGCUCCAGAGCUAUGUGGCUCCUUUUUCUCUAAAUAUACUCCGGCUAUUGAUGUUUGGAGCAUCGGAUGCAUAUUUGCGGAGAUGCUUACUGGAAAACCGUUGUUUCCCGGUAAAAAUGUGGUGCACCAAUUAGAUCUAAUGACGGAUUUCCUUGGUACUCCUCCCCCUGAAUCAAUUGCAAGGAUCAGAAAUGAAAAGGCGAGAAGAUAUCUCAGCAAUAUGCGGAAAAAACAGCCCGUUCCUUUUACACAGAAAUUCCCCAAUGUCGAUCCUUUGGCUCUUCGCUUGCUGGAACGCCUGCUUGCAUUUGAUCCUAAAGAUAGACCAUCUGCUGAAGAGGCAUUGGCUGAUCCAUACUUUCAUGGAUUAGCAAAUGUGGACCGUGAGCCAGUCAGUCAACCAAUAUCAAAGCUUGAGUUUGAGUUUGAGAAGAAAAAAUUGACAAAAGAUGAUGUUAGAGAGUUGAUUUAUCGAGAGAUUUUAGAGUAUCACCCUCAGAUGCUCAAGGAGUAUCUUCGAGAUGGAGAUCAGACAAGUGGCUUUAUGUACCCAAGUGGCGUUGAUCGAUUCAAGCGACAGUUUGCACAUCUCGAGGAGCAUCCUGGUAAAGGUGGAAGGAACUCUCCACUCCAAAGGCAACAUGCUUCAUUGCCUAGAGAACGAGUCCCUGUGGUCAAGGAUGUAUCAGUUGUUCAAGAUAAUGAUUUUGAAGAGCGAACUUCAGCAUCUGUUGCUUCAACUCUUCAAAGUCCUCCCAACAAAGCUGAGGGAACAGAUAAUUCAAAUGCAAAUGCACAAAAUGAAACAUAUUCUGCUCGUAGCUUGUUGAAGAGUGCUAGUAUCAGUGCUUCUAAAUGUAUUGGUGUUAAAGGAACAAACAGUGCAGAGGAAGAAUCAAUUGCAGGGCACAGUGAAGAGGUCGAUGGGUUGACCCAGAAAAUUGGUCUUCUCCAUACUGGAUUUUAG